GUUUUUGAAUUUGAAUGCAUAUUCCUCCGCAAUGAUUCAUGGGACAGGAAAAAGGAGAGAUACCCAAACAAAGCUUGAGCGGGUGCAGAAACCAUGCUAGCGAGGUCUGGGAAUAAAAUCACUGAAUUUACCCCCUACAGUCUACGGUUCCUCCGAUCCCUACAUAAUUAGCUAAGCCAGCUAACUAAUUGUAUUAGAAAAGAAAAAAAUAUACAUCGACUGCAUAGAGUGUUAUGAAAAACUAAUUCACCAACUGCCCUUGUGGCAGGAUAACAGUGAGAAGGCACUUGCACACUGGCUAGUUUGUGACUAUUAAAAAUUAUUAAACUGCAUAACCCCACUGUCAGUGAUCGCCAGUACUCGACCGAGAUUACAGUACGCGGAGUUUAGUUCGCUGGGUUUGAAUUAGGGUCAAUAAGUAUAGUCGGCUAUGGCAGCUGAGAAAGCAUCAGCGAGCUGUAAGAAGAAGGGUGAAAAGAAGUUUGCGGCCAAAGAAGAAUACAGGCUGCUGUCGAGUAUAAUGGGGGCCAUGAACAAUUUGCGGAAACAGAGCACUCUGUGUGAUGUCAGUCUGGUGGUCCAGGGGAGGCAUAUUCCCGCUCACAGAGUGGCUCUCGCUGCUGCUAGCCACUACUUCUACCUGAUGUUCACCACCAAUAUGAUGGAGUCAACGUCCCAUGAGGUGGAACUGAAGUACGCUGAGCCUGAAAUCAUUGAGCUGCUUGUGGAGUUCAUCUAUACGGCCCAAAUUACUGUCAACAGCAAUAAUGUUCAGUCCUUACUGGAUGCUGCUAAUCAAUAUCAGAUUGAACCGGUGAAAAAAAUGUGUGUGGAUUUCCUUAAGGAGCAAGUGGAUGCAGCUAAUUGUCUAGGGAUCAGUGUGCUGGCAGAGUGCUUAGACUGUCCAGAGUUGAAGAGGAUUGCCGAUGACUUCAUCCACCAGCAUUUCACCGAGGUGUACAAGAUGGACGAGUUCCUCCAGCUGGACGUGAAGAGGGUCACUCACCUGUUAAACCAGGACACGCUCACUGUGCGGGCCGAGGACCAGAUCUACGACGCUGCCGUCCGGUGGCUGAGGUAUGACGAGCCGAACAGGCAGCAGUACAUCGUGGACAUUCUGGCCAAAGUCCGCUUCCCUCUCGUGUCCAAGAACUUCCUGAGCAAGACGGUUCAAGCGGAGCCGCUGAUCCAGGACAACCCAGAAUGUCUGAAGAUGGUGAUCAGUGGGAUGCGCUACCACCUCCUGUCUCCAGAGGACCGCGAGGAGCUGGGGGAGAGCAGCCGACCACGUCGCAAAAAACACGACUUCCGCAUCGCGCUGUUCGGCGGCUCACAGCCGCAGUCCUGCCGCUACUUCAACCCCAAGGACUACAGCUGGACGGACAUCCGCUGUCCGUUUGAGAAGAGGAGAGACGCGGCGGCAGUCUUCUGGGACAACGUGGUGUACAUCCUGGGGGGGUCGCAGCUCUUCCCCAUCAAGCGCAUGGACUGCUACAAUGUGGUGAAGGACAGCUGGUACUCCAAACUCGGCCCCCCCAACCCACGCGACAGUUUGGCGGCCUGCGCCUCUAAAGGGAAGAUCUACACGUCUGGGGGGUCAGAAGUGGGUAACUCCCCGCUCAGCCUGUUUGAGUGCUAUGACACGCGCACAGAGAGCUGGCAGGACAAGCCCAGCAUGCUGAUGCCGCGCUGUAGCCACGGCAUCGCGGAGGCCGACGGCCUGAUCUACGUGUGCGGCGGCAGCCUGGGCAACAACGUCUCUGGCAGGGUCCUCAACAACUGCGAGGUGUACGACCCCAGCACCGAGCAGUGGAGGGAGCUGUGCGGUAUGAGGGAGGCCAGGAAGAACCACGGCCUCGUGUUUGUCAACCAAAGAAUCUACGCGGUCGGCGGGCAGAAUGGAAUGGGGGGUCUGGACUCGGUGGAGUUCUACGACGUCGGCGGGAACGAGUGGCGGCCGGCGGCGCCGAUGCCGUGGAAGGGCGUGACGGUGAAGUGCGCGGCGGUGGGCUCGGUCAUCUACGUGCUGGCGGGCUUCCAGGGCGUGGGCCGGCUGGGCCACAUCCUGGAGUACCACACCGACGCGGACAAGUGGGUCUCCUGCAGCAAGGCGCGCGCCUUCCCCGUCACCAGCUGCCUCAUCUGCGUGGUGGACACCUGCGGGGCCAACGAGCAGGAGGCGUCUUCCUCCUCGUCCUCAUCCUCAUCCUCGGUCAGUGGCUCCGCCCCCGCAGCAGCAUCACUCAGCGGUGGCUCCGCCCCCACGGCAUCAUCCUUCUCCUUCAGCGGUGGCUCCGCCCCCGCACCCGCCUCCUUCUCCUUUGCUAGCUCCUCCUUUGGCGCUCCGUCAGCCAAUAAAGACGCCCCUGCGGGAUUCGGGGUGCCUGCUUCGGAGUUCAGCUUCUCUGCCCCAGGGUUUGGGGUCUCGUCGGCCACGCCCCCUGCCACGGGCGGGGGCUCUUUCGGACAGGCAGUCAGUGGGGCGGCGCCCGCUGUGGGGGGGGGUGCAGACCAGCUCUUCACCCCCCAGGGGGAACUCACCUCUGAGGAGCUGAAGGAGUUCGCAGGCAAGAGGUUCACCCUGGGCCUGGUCCCCCUCAAACCACCCCCUGCUGACCUUCUGGUGGUAUAGCAUCACCAGACUGCCCCCUGCUGACCUUCUGGUGGUAUAGCAGCACCAGACUGCCCCCUGCUGACCUGCUGGUGGUAUAGCAUCACCAGACUGCCCCCUGCUGACCUUCUGGUGGUAUAGCAUCACCAGACUGCCCCCUGCUGACCUGCUGGUGGUAUAGCAUCACCAGACUGCCCCCUGCUGACCUGCUGGUGGUAUAGCAUCACCAGACUGCCCCCUGCUGACCUGCUGGUGCUAUAGCAUCACCAGACUGCCCCCUGCUGACCUGCUGGUGGUAUAGCAGAACUAGACUACCCCUGCUGGCCUGCUGGUGGUAUAGCAUCACCAGACUGCCCCCUGCUGACCUGCUGGUGGUAUAGCAGGACUAGACUGCCCCCUGCUGACCUGCUGGUGGUAUAGCAUCACCAGACUGCCCCCUGCUGACCUUCUGGUGGUAUAGCAUCACGAGACUGCCCCCUUCUGACCUGCUGGUGGUAUAGCAUCACCAGUCUGCCCCCUGCUGACCUGCUGGUGGUAUAGCAUCACCAGACUGCCCCCUGCUGAUUGGUUGGUGGUAUAGCAUCACCAGGUCGUCCCCUGCUCAUUGGUUGGUAGUAUAGCAUCACCAGGCCGUCCCCUGCUGAUUGGUUGGUGGUAUAGCAUCACUAGACUGUCCCUUGCUGAUUGGUUGGUGGUAUAGCAUUACCAGACUGCCCCCUGCUGAUCUGUUGGGGUACAGCAUGUGCUUCAGACAGCUGGGGUGUAUGGGUGGAGGGGAGAGUUCUAUCUUCUUUGAUAUUGUUUUGUUUUUAUUGGGUAAAUAAAUGAUUAUUUGAAUUUAUGACUGUACACAUCUUUGCCUCAGCAGUUCAUCAGUAUUUUGAUAUCACUAUUGCCAUGGUUACAGCAAUUAGGUGUGUGUGUGUGUGUGUAUUUAGUUGUGUGAGUGGGCAAAUUUGUUUUACUUUUAUUUGAACCUCAAAAAAUAGCCUUCUGUCUUGAAGCUCAGUCUGAAAUGUGUGAAAGUGUUUGAAGGAGAACACCUGGACUCCACAGGUUACGCCGGAGGGGAAUAAUGUGGGCGAUUCCGCUGUUCUUGCCUACCAGGAAAUUUAGGGGCCGAUUCCUUCAUUAUGGUGGUGUUACCCACCUCGUCUGGUAGGCCAUGUGUGACCAGCAGGUGGCACUGUUGUUGUAUCGUUUUGUUUUUUAAACCUUCCACUAUACUGGGGGUGUCCAGUCUAACCUGAAAAGGGCUAGCGUGGGUGCAGGUUUCUGUUUUAGCCCAGCGCUAAGACACCUGAUUCUACCCAUAAAGGACUUAAUUGAAGACCGCGAUUGGUUUAAUAGUUGUAGUGUAGAUCUGCUGUUGUGGUGCUGGGAUAAAACAACAACCUGCACCCACACUGGUACCUUUUCAGAUAAGACACCCCUGCACUGUAUGGUACAUUAUAUACAGUGUAUGGGGAUACAGAAUAGUGCUUUACCAAAUGAGUUUUCUUCUAGAAUGAUUUGAAGUUGGUAUAGUGCUGGUAUAAUCCUGCCCAGAAUAAGCAGGUAUAGAUGAUGGAUGGAUGGAAUGUUGGUAUAUUUGUUCAUAUACUAUAACACUAGUACUGUACUAAAACUAAACUAUGCCAGCUAUUCCCUUUGGGGAAAAGCCAUUCGUUGGAGCAUAGCAUUACAGCUUUAUGUAUGUUGAAGUGAGGGGUUAUGUGUGGAAGUGGAGUACAGGUGUCCCGUGGAUUUGUGGGUAAUACAAAAGGAAGUGGUUCUCUUUGAAGGGCGAACUUUGACCUUUUCGAGGCUGCAGAUUGCAGGGUGCGUGAGCCAGCGGAGGCCUUUAUCCCUUUCGGGUACAGAUCGGGUGAUCAUCAGCGCAGAGAUGGUGGAUCAUUAACAGCUGAACUGUUUUACAGGAACGGGCUCAGGAGUUACUGAUUUCAGUGGAGGGGCGGAGGCAGCAGAACCACACCCACCCAGAAACAAUUUCCGUUUUUUUCUCCAAAAACAGUGGCUUCAAAUCUGAAAAUGAUUGUUGGGAAAGCCAUGACAUUUUGACUGUUAUUUUUGCAAGUGUCUAAAAUGUACAUUUAAUGUGUGAUCUUAAAUAGCCUGGGACAAAGUUAGAGACAUUAAUUAGUCACCAAAUUCACCAAAGCGCCCUUUUUAUCUUAAAAAAAAAAACGGUAUCACGAAGGUCUGAGGAAACAAGGAUGUGUGAUGUAACUGACCGAGCCCUUAAC